ACCAAAGUAACCUUCCGCCUCACUCUGGAUUUUGAAACCAUUCAUUCCGUUUCCGUAUUCAACGUAGCCCUCAAAAAUGCUCUCCAAGUUCCGAAUCCUAAGCCUCUUCACUCACCGUCUUUCUCCUAGAACCGCCGCCGCCGCCGCCAAUGGCUCGCACCACUUCCUCUGCACCAUGGCGGAGUCACCGGAGCUCCCUCCGUGGCUCAAGUUCUCCGACACCCCGACCCCUCCAGACGCUGACUCAGACGACAACUUCGUUAUCCCUUCACUCGCUCACUGGGUCGACACCCACAUGCUCAUCACCAAGCCCAAAGUCCUGACGCAAUCACCCAAGCAAGACAACCUCGACGAACUCGACGCAAUAACCAAAGUUCUCAAAAAACGCUACCCUUCUCCCGAGUUAGCUGCUUUAGCCCUUGAUGGACUUAGUUUUCAGCCAUCUAGCGGUUUGGUUUCGCAGGUUCUCAACAGAUUCAGCAACGACUGGGUCCCAGCUUUGGGUUUUUUCAAAUGGGCAAAAUCUCAAACAGGUUAUCGGCAUUCCCCCGAACUCUGCAACUUGAUGGUUGACAUCUUGGGAAAGUGCAAAUCCUUUGAUCCCAUGUCCGAUUUGGUGGAGGAAAUGGCAAAACUCGAACAAGGGUAUGUCACAUUGGAAACAAUGGCCAAGGUAAUCCGGAGGCUUGCCAAGGCACGCAAGCAUGAAGAUGCUAUUGAAGCAUUUCGCAGAAUGGACAAGUUUGGUGUCAAUAAGGACACUGCAGCGUUGAAUGUUCUCAUCGAUGCAUUGGUGAAAGGAGAUAGCGUUGAACAUGCCCACAAGGUUGUUUUGGAGUUUAAGGGUUUGAUACCUUUGAGUUCUCAUUCUUUCAAUGUUUUGAUGCAUGGAUGGUGCAGAGCGAGGAAAUUUGACAAUGCAAGGAAAGCCAUGGAGGACAUGAAGGAACUCGGGUUUGAACCCGAUGUUUUCUCGUACACUAGUUUCAUUGAAGCAUACUGCCACGAGAGAGAUUUCCGCAAGGUGGAUCAAGUUUUGGAGGAGAUGAGGGAAAAUGGAUGCCCCCCUAAUGCUGUGACUUACACUACUGUGAUGCUUCAUCUGGGGAAAGCAGGGCAACUGAGUAAAGCUUUGGAGGUUUAUGAAAAGAUGAAGUGUGAUGGCUGUGUUGCUGACACUCCAGUUUAUAGCUGCAUGAUAUUCAUUCUUGGCAAAGCUGGGAGGUUAAAGGAUGCUUGUGAUGUGUUUGAGGAUAUGCCUAAGCAAGGGGUUGUGAGAGAUGUCGUGACAUACAAUACUAUGAUUUCUACUGCUUGUGCUCACUCGCGGGAAGAGACUGCUCUUAGGUUGCUUAAGGAAAUGGAAGACGGGUCGUGCAAGCCGAAUGUUGGGACUUACCAUCCGUUGCUCAAGAUGUGCUGCAAAAAGAAGAGAAUGAAGGUGCUCAAGUUUUUGUUGGAUCACAUGUUCAAAAACGAUAUAAGCCCUGAUUUGGCCACUUACUCGCUCUUGGUAAAUGCUCUGUGUAAAACCGGAAAAGUUGCGGAUGCUUACUCGUUUUUGGAGGAAAUGGUCUUGAAGGGGUUCACUCCGAAACCCAGCACGCUCAAGGGAUUGGCUGGAGAGCUUGAGUCCUUGAGCAUGUUAGAAGAGAAAGAGCGUGUUGAGGAAUGGAUGGAUCGCUUCUCGCAGAAACAAAACAUUUAGCUGUUUUCGCAUAAGAUGAACUAUUUCUAAGUCUGCUUGUGAUUGAUCCCUAGAGUUUCGUCCCAUGCCAUGAAUGAAAAUGGAAAUCACCUUCGUCUUUGGGAAUGAAUCUUGUGCUAUUUUCACAUCAUGUGAGGAUUUUGUUUUUAUUCUUCUCUUCUUAAAGGUAGGCAAAUUUUAAUAUAAUUCCACCUCUCGUACAUUUAAGAAGAGAAAGAUUGACACAUUUUUACGUCAAUUUUAUUUGCUCGAUGAACUGAUUGGAGUGUACUUGUGUUUUGAACGUGACUUAUGUAUGUUUUCUUCGUACUCAAGUAGGCAUGAUUACCGAUUGUAAGAGAAACAGAUGUGUAGUUCUUAUUUUACACUAGUUGCAUCCUGUGAAUCUGUGACAAA